UCAGUCAGAGUUUUACCUUAUUGGCAAGGAUCCCAGUACCACACCGCUACAAUUGAGAGCGACAGUAGCACUUUCUGCCUGGAAAAAAAUUGAGGCCCAGUCUUAAAACAGCUCGCAGAAUAAUAAGGCAUUUGAACGAUAGACCAAACAACUUGCAGAAUAAAAACGAAGCUACGCAAAUUUGAAGGCGAAGGUAUGCUUAGCUGACCAUCACGAAUCCCAGUUUCAGCCCAUGGAGCGGGAUCUGUUGCUCAUGUCUGCCUUUCUGUCCUUUAGAUAGCCAACACCAAUAGUUCAUGCAAAACUAUUAUCAACUGUUCCAUUGUACAUGUAUAAUACGUGGAAACAAACACAGUCAGUAGCCACCAAUACCCAUUCCUUAUGCCAAAUUUGUGACAUGAGAUGGAAAUAGUACAUCAAUAACCAAACGAGGGGUGAGCAUAGAAAUUUAACAUCCAACAUCAAAACUUGCAAAACUUGGAUGUCAUGUUUGAGUCCACCUCUCGAGCCUAACGGACGUGAAAUCACCAUGACCUGGCAGCCUUUGCAUCAAAAUAUAAUUCCAGUUCUAUAGUAAAUGUAACCAUGUGUGCAUACGUACCUUGCAGUUCUGUGCGGCCUGGUACUUGGUCACCUGCACGAGGUACUGCUGGUACUCCGGCGGCGCCAUUUACAUCUCGAGCAAUUUUUCUCAAAGUUGGAUUCUUGAUCCCUGCAUAUCGCUGGCCGUGACCCGUGGGCACGGCGCUCGGAUCCGGCAGCAGCAGAUCACCGGCAGCAGCAGAUCGAGGCGAGGCCGUGAGGGAGGAGAAGAGCCAUGAUGGGGGCGCAUCAGAUCAUCGCUCAACGGCAGCAGCAUGGGCGUCCUCCUCCUGCUGGUGCUCCUGCUGGAUGCGGGUGUUGUCCUCCUAGCCGUGCUCCUAGCAGUAGAGGCUCCAGUAGCAGAGGAGAAGAGGCAGGAUGCGGGCGUCAUCCUCUUGGCCGUGCUCCUACUGGGCAGCGCGCCGUGCUCCUGCUGGUGCUCGAUGACUGGAGCCUGCUGCCUGGUGGUGCUCGGCGGAUGAGCAGGGGAUCCGAUCGGGUAGGGGAUGAGGAUGAGAUGACCGAUCGGAUCAGAUGGGCAGGGGAUGAGGAUGAGUGGAUGACCGACCGGAUGAGCUGGUUUGCUCGGCGGCUGCCGGCUGGGGGUUGGGGAUUAGGUCAUUAGGGUUUGUCGAUUUGGGCGUUUGCCACUUUGGGUCUUUGGCGGAAUGAUGCCUUAGUGGGCAAUGGGCUGG